AUGCCGUUCACCAGUCUUGUUGAACCCGUCAGCCAACGCCCGAACAUUCAAUGGAUCGAGAGUAGAAAAUGCUUCCUAUAUGCUCGUAUACGCGACCAACUCUCAAUAGUAGAUUGGCUCAGUUUUGGAGCCGUUGGACAAACUGUCCUCUUAUUAUUACUUGGUCGCAUUGCGCUUGCACCUUUAGUCAUAUAUCUGUUUCUGCAGAUCAUGGGGGCCACAUUGCACUCCAUCGGUAUCGGACGAAAUCAGUACAUGGAAGGCGUCAUACCUCAGCCGGUCUCCUCACAGAUGCCCUCCUCCACUGGCGUCUUUGAGCAACCUUCCAGCCGUGAUGUAGUCGUGUUGCUGCUUGGGACGCGUGUUAAUCACCCACUCGGCGUUCUAGCACCCGGAGCGGUCAAGAUGGCCAAGUACUUCGGCGCGAUGAUGACUGAGCUGAAUGAAAACGCUUCUCAGUAUUGCUUGCUAGGAGCCUCAAAUGGGUGGCUUGAGGCUGACCGCGAGACACACAAUAAUAUCAUGACCGUGUUCUACUUUGAAAACAUUGAAGGACUCCAUAAGUUUGCACACGGCCCGCUACAUCGGGAGGCUGUGAAAUGGUAUCAUUCAACUGUGAAAGACUACCCUCAUUUGAGCAUCUGGCAUGAAACCUUCCACUCCCCUGCCGGUCAUUGGGAGACUGUGUAUGGUGGUAGUGCCCCAACUUUAAUGGGACGUACGACAUAUCGCGUGGAAAUGGAGGGAAGAAGUGGCGAAAAGGAGAUGAAGUGGCUGAAUCCUUUAGUGGAUGCUAGCAGAGGGUUGCUGAAGAGCGCAUCUGGACGUCUAGGAAGGUUACAGAGGAGCAGACAAGAACUUGCUCAUCAAAAUUCAAAGUACACUCUGUAA